ACGUCACUGACUGCAUCUUGAUUGAACAAGUACGUCAAAAAUCAAAUCACAUAUGUGUUCACCAACGGGUUAAAUUAAAAAAAACCUUAUUAAUAAUGACUGUAACACCAAAAUUAGAUGACUUGGUACAAUCUGUUUCUCUACAUUCUCGUUUCCCAGCUUUAUUUCAUUUUUAUGUUUUACCAUUCAUAGUAAUUUAUUUGGCAUGGUUCUACUUGUGGUUAGGAGUUUAUGGAUUUUUGGAAUACUAUGAGGGUGGUUUUCUUGGAGUUGGUAUUAUAGGAAUAUGCCAAAUUUUGGGUAGUUUAGCUUGUUACUGGUCCGUUCAUAUAAAUUGUUUGUUUUCAUGCAGGAAAGAAAAAGAUCCUGACAAAGCUACUCUUGUGAAAGUUAUACCCACACCUAAUAAUGGAAGUUCUGAACUUGUUCCCUUACAGCAUACUAAGAAUGAAAAGAUUACUACGUUUUGGUUCAUUUUCCAAAAGACAAAGUAUAUUUGGUGUAAUGAAAAAAAAUCAUUUCGUGGAUUGGAAUUCCCCAUUAAUAAUAGUUUUUCCGAAUACAUGGCAUGCAAGGGUUUUCAAGAGGAAGCAGACAUUCUAGCAGCUGAGCAACUUUAUGGAAAAAACAAUGUGGAAAUGGUUGUUCCCGAGUUUAUGGAACUCUUCAUUGAACGAGCAACUGCACCAUUUUUUGUUUUCCAAGUUUUUUGUGUUGCCCUGUGGUGUCUUGAUGACUUUUGGUAUUAUUCAUUAUUCACUUUGGUGAUGCUAGUUCUGUUUGAAUGUACUCUGGUCCAGCAACAAUUACGCAAUAUGGCUGAAAUCCGCAAAAUGGGUAACAAACCGUAUGGUAUUCUGGUGUACCGUAAUAGGAAAUGGAGAACAAUCUCUACCUGUGAAUUAAUACCAGGAGAUAUAAUUUCUAUAACUCGAUCACAUAGGGAUAGUCUGAUACCUUGUGAUGUGCUUUUGCUCAGAGGUUCCUGUAUUGUUGAUGAGAGNUAUAUAGAUCCUCACAAUUACUUCAAAACCGAACACAUGUUGAAAAUAUUGAAAGUGUCUUUUUUUUUAGGUGUUUUCUGUACCGAACCAUUUCGAAUACCUUUCGCAGGCAAAGUAGACAUUUGUUGUUUUGACAAGACUGGAACUCUUACAAGUGAUGAUUUAAUUGUAGAAGGAGUGGCUUUGGCUGAAAAAGAUUCCACAGUCACUGCAGUAUAUGAUCUACCUUUAGAAACGGUACAAGUACUAGCCACUUGUCAUUCCCUUGCCCAUCUUGAUGAGGGUUUGGUUGGUGAUCCUCUGGAAAAAGCGACUCUAAAUGCUAUUGAAUGGAAUGUUACAAAAGCAGAUGCUGUUGUUCCUAAGAAGGGGAAAUCCCCUGGAAUGAAAAUUUUUCACAGGUUCCAUUUUUCUUCAGCCCUAAAAAGGAUGUCUGUUAUAGCUGGGUACAAUAGUAUUGGCUCAACCGAGACUAUAUAUGUUUCUACUGUUAAGGGUGCUCCAGAAAUACUAAAGUCUAUGUUUAUAGAAACGCCAAAAAAAUAUGAUGAAGUUUACUUGGAUUUGUCUAGGCGAGGGGCCAGAGUUUUGGCGUUAGGUUACAGGGAUAUUGGAAAACUCUCCAGCCAAGAGCUUCGAGAUUUGACUAGAGAAGAUGUAGAAAAAGAUCUCAAGUUUGUUGGAUUUAUGAUCAUAUCUUGCCCGCUCAAAGUUGACUCUAAAUCAGUCAUUGAAGAACUUCAAUACUCCUCACACAAAGCUGUUAUGAUAACAGGAGACAAUCCUCUGACUGCUUGCCACGUAGCCAAAGAACUCAGAUUCACUCCAAAACCUACUUUGAUAUUGACCCAAACUAAUGAAAUUUUUGAAUGGCAAAGCAUUGAUGAAACUCAGAAUCUACCUCUUGAAUACGAUUAUAAAAAUCUAGUCAGACAGUAUGAUCUCUGUAUUACAGGAGAUGGUCUGAACUAUCUUAGAAAUAACUACAAUGCAUUCCUGAAUCUCAUUCUACCGCACAUAACAAUAUUUGCAAGGUUCGCACCCAAACAGAAAGAAUUCGUAAUUGUCAAGUUGAAAAGCUUGGGUUACACGACUUUGAUGUGUGGUGAUGGUACAAACGAUGUAGGAGCUCUCAAGCAUGCUGACGUUGGUGUUGCCAUAUUGGCUAAUGCUCCGGAACGUCUACCAGAUCCAAAAGAACUGAGGGAGAGGUUAGAGAAAGAAAAGGAAAGGAAGCAAAGAGAGCUUAAGGAAGCUAUGCAGAGGACUAGGCCGAAUCAUGUAAGAAAUAUGAUGGAUCAAAGAGAACGAAUACAAUCUAAAAUGGACAAAAUUAUGAGAGAGCUUGAAGAACAGGAUGAACUCCAAGUUGUGAAACUCGGAGAUGCGAGCAUUGCUUCUCCAUUUACAAGCAAGUUGUCAUCUAUCAUGUGCAUUUGCCAUAUAAUAAAACAAGGAAGAUGUACACUGGUCACCACAUUGCAAAUGUUCAAAAUUUUGGCCCUGAAUGCUCUGAUAUUAGCUUACACUCAGUCUGUUCUAUAUUUGGAUGGAAUCAAACUUAGAGACCUUCAAGCAACAUUACAGGGUCUAUUAUUGGCUGCUUGUUUCUUGUUCAUUUCAAGAUCUAAGCCUUUGAAAGUCUUGUCGAAACAGCGACCUCUACCGAAUAUAUUCAACUUUUAUACAGUGUUGACUGUAAUUCUGCAAUUCACCGUACAUUUUAUGUGUCUAAUUUUUCUUGUCCAACAAGCCAAAGCAAGGACUCCAAGCGAAGAAAAAUCAGCUAAUGUAACCAAUCCUGUUGAAGCAUUGACAGAGGAAGAAAAAGACAAAUUAUUUGAACCAAACAUCAUAAACAGUACUGUGUAUAUCAUUUCAAUGGCAUUACAAAUUGCCACUUUUGCUAUAAAUUAUAGGGGUAAUCCCUAUAUGGAAAGCCUUAGGCAGAACAAAGCUUUACUAUACAGUAUUUUGGGUUCGGGAGGAGUUGUACUUGCUCUCACCUUGGGAAUUGUUCCUGAAUUGUCAGCUCAGUUUGAAAUUAUAGAUUUUCCACCAGAUUUUCGGAUCAUCCUUGUGCAAGUUCUUUUUGCUGAUUUCUUCUUUUCUUUUUUGGUGGACAGGAUAUGUCUAUGGAUAUGUGGCGAAGGCAGCAUGAGGCUAUCAUGAGAGUAUUACAAAUGAAGUUAUUUAUUUAUUGUCAUUCCAGUUAAAUGAAACAUGAAGGGAUAAACCUUCAUAGAUAAUGUCUUAUUAAAUGCAUUUGUGAGUAAAGAUACUUUUUACAUCAG